AUGAGCAAGAUGAAUAAUCUGUUGAUCAUCUUUGCAUUGGCGCUUAUGUAUUCCGGUUAUACAGAUGCUGUGAAAUGCUACACUGGAGCGGGCUCAACGGAUCUAAACAGUAGAGGAUAUUUGAUUCCGUUUGAAGCAAAACCUGGUGCUGUACAGGUACUAUUAUGUGCUACAGUCAAUUACCUGCACAGUGUCCUUUCCAUCAUUUUCUCGUUUGUGAUCGAAAUUGCAGAUGAGGAAACAAUAUACGGAUGUGACAUACGUGUUGGUAACGAAACGCUUGGUGAUAAAUCAAGCAAAGAGUGUUUGAGGUACGGCAAUGCGCAAGCUACGUGGUGUUCGUGUAGUGAGGAUGGAUGUAAUAAAAUCACGUUUCCUCCGUGCAACAAUGGUAAAGACAACGGUGCAAUCGAUCGUCUACAGCAUUCAUCCAUUCUUACGGCAGUUCUAUCGUCUUUCAUGUUUCUGAUACUGAAGUAA